CCCGCCCCUGGCGUAGCGGACUCGGGCUUGAGCGCCGCGGUCUCCACCUGGGACCCCCGCGUAGGGGCUGGCGUGUCGGCCUGUUCUCGCCGCAGGCCGGGUCGGGGCGUCCGAAGCGCUUGAGGCGAGGAAAGAAAACCUUCUGAACAGGCUGCCCUGUACAGUGUGCCUCUUUUACGUAAAGAGGGAGAAGGAUGAAAGAGAUUUUUGUGUUUGCAUAUGCAUCAAGAGAGAGCUGAAGGCUUCAGGGAACCCUGACCUGGGGACAUCUCAAUGGCCUUGGGAGAAGAAAAGGCAGAGGUGGAGGCACCCGCGGACACAAAGACCCUGUCCUAUGGGCAGUGGACCUGCAGGGAGCAGGAGGUGGACACCCCGGGGCUCGUAAGCGGGGAGCAGGAGCAGCCACCAUGCCUGGAAGCUGAGACAGGGCCUGCCUCCCCUGUGUGGGGAACAGAGGGGCUGUGCGCCCCUGGCCCCAGCCCCUCUGGAGCCUACCAGCCACAGGCCAACACCACCAGCAGGGAGCCAGUAGCUGGUAGAUCUAAACUUGCUCUUGGUUGCCUGCUUCCUUCUGCUGGCACUGGGACUAGAGACCUUUUGCACUCUUUGGGAAGCCAGAUGGAGGAGACCAGGCUUUCUGCCUCAGAAGAUCUACCUCAGACUCUUAGCGUUCCCAGAGCCACAGGCCUUUGCUCGGGACAUGAUGCCGAUAGUGAAGAUGACCUGUCCCUGGUUGAGUCGCCGCAGGCGCUAGACCUCAGCCAGCAGCCCCACAACUCAGGUUUCCCUUUCCCGCCGAGGUGGAGGCCGCUGGGGAGCCAAGCUACCACUGCUCCUUGGCUCUCCAGCUGCAGCGUCUCUGCCUCCUCCCUGGGCAGCAGUCUCCAGGGUUGCCGAGAGAGGGCGGCACCUCCAGGUUGCUCCAUGGCCAAGGUCUCCUCCUCCCUGGAACUGGUCGUCCCCCAGUCGGCCCCCUCUGUGGUGGGGCCGGGGCCAGGACUCCAGUGGUCACCCCAGCCUGUGUCCUCCGGGGUUGAUGCUCCUGGGCUGGGCGGGAGGCGCCUCUCCUUCCAGGCCGAGUACUGGGCCUGUGUGCUGCCAGACUCCCUGCCUCCUUCCCCCGACCGCCACUCCCCGCUCUGGAACCCGAAUAAGGAGUAUGAAGAUUUGCUGGACUAUACUUAUCCGCUUAGGCCCAAGCCUCAAUUCCCAAAGCACCUUGACAGCCACAUACUGGCUGACCCUGUCCUGCAGGACUCAGGUGUAGACCUGGAUAGUUUUUCUGUUUCCCCAUCAAGUACCCUGAAGUCUCCCACUAAUGGCUCCCAGAAUUGCCCAUCAGCAGAGGCCUCUGCCCUGCCAUUCUCUAGGCCCAAAGAGCCAAGCCUUAUGCGGUGGCCCUCUGGAGUACCCCAGAAGCAGGGCAGCAUGGGGUUGGCAUCUUGUAAACAGCUCGCAUCUACCCCCAGAGCCCCAGGCAGUAGGGAUGCUCCUUGGGAGAGCAGAGAGCCAGCCCUGAGGGGUGUGAAGGACUGGUUCCCCGUGGGCAAGCACCUUGAGGUGGGUUCUCCCCAGCCGAGGACAUGGGACAGAGGGUGGCCCUUGCCCAGGGCAGAGAGAGAGAAGGGGGCCAGCCAGGGUGUCUGGCACGCUGCCUGCACAGAGUCUGGACGGAAGUCAGAAGAGGAGGUAGAAAGUGAUGACGAGUAUCUCACCCUGCCCACUCGGCUGACGCAGGUUUCUAGUUUGGUUUCAUAUCUAGGUUCUAUUCCCACCUUGGUGACCCUGCCCACCGGGGCUGCCGAGGGGCAGACCUCCCUGGACGUGUCCGACAGCGACGGGCCAGCUUCCCUCCCGUCGGACUCAAGCCAAAGCCAGCUUCCUUCUGGGGCUGCCUUCAGAGCACCCAGGGGCCCCAAGGGCCAGAACCACCGUUUGCUGCACUCCUUCGUCCAGGCAGGGGGCUCUCCAGGGGAUGGCAGUCUGGGGAGCAGCCAGGCCCUGGGGGUCUCCGGACCGCUGAGAGCACGCUCUUCCUUGCCAGCCGUGUGGGACCGGUGCGCGUGCUUGGACCCAGACGCUACAGGGCAGCCUCCCGGGAAGGGAGAGCAGGGAAAAGAAUCGCUCGUGCAGUGUGUGAAGACGUUCUGCUGUCAGCUGGAAGAGCUGAUUCGCUGGCUGCAUGACGUAGCAGACGCUACCGACCACCUGAUUCCGUCCAAGUCCAAUCUUACAGGUCUCAAGUCUUCUCUGCAGCUUUACCGGCAAUUUAAGAAAGAUAUAGAUGAACACCAGUCCCUGACGGAGAGCGUCUUACAGAAAGGGGAGAGUCUUCUUCAGUGCCUGCUGGAUAACACCCCAGUGUUAAAGGAUGUCCUCGGGAGGAUCUCGAAGCAGCCCAGUGAGCUGGAGAGCCAUGCAGAUCGCCUCUAUGACGCUAUCUUGGCUUCUCUGGACAUGCUGGCUGGCUGCACCCUCAUCCCUGACAACACGCCAGUGGCACACAAGAGCACUGAUGUGAAGGGGAUGAGCCUGGUAAGUAGGCAGCCCAUGAGAAGAAAAUCUGUCCUUGGACCCCAGUGCCAGAUUAGGGUACAGAGCUCCUGCUCUAACAGUUGGCUACUUCUUAGAAGCUUGUUGAACCAAGAGUUACUGGAACAAAUGAAAUGCUAGGAGAAGACACACUGAAAAAGAGAGAUGCUACGAUUGCCAGGAAGAAGGUUGGGGGUCUUCCUGUGGUGAGCUGGCUCGCUUCGGUGCUUUCCAGGACUUCCUUUCACGCUUGCUGCCUGCUUGAGGACUAGGGUGCCCUGUGCUCGCACUUCUGUGGCAGUCCCUCCACCUCCACCCCUUCAAGACAAGUGGCAAAACUCCUCUAAUGGAAGCUUCUCCAGUUUGGGCCACUGUUAGGCUGCCUGUUCUGUAGGCUUUUCUUGUUCAGCUCCCUUGGUGCUCCAUCUUCAAGCAACUCGACAGUACCAAGUGCCCACAGAGACUCAGUUACUGAUGGGUCCCCACCCCUGCCUUCCCAGCAACGAUCUCUGCAAACUCCCUUCCAGAAAGGGCUAGGGGGAUAUUUGGGGGUAACAUGCCUUAGAGACUUAACAGUACAACUUUCUUUUGAUCUUUGGGAAAGUCGAACAGGGAAUGAUUGGGAAGAGGAGCUAAGAGAGCAGAGGGCUGGUGCCCAUUGGGGGGAUCACCACUGCCCAACAUUCUGUACGAUUCCACAACUAGACCAUACUUUCUCUGAAACUUCCUCUCCCACAACCAAAAUGCGGUGCUUAAUUCACAAACGUUCUCGGUGACAAUUCACUGUAGCCAAGAGAAUGUAAAGAAUGAAAUCAAGGUAUGUCAAGAGGAGGAAGUCCCCAUACUUGCCUCAAAGAAAUCUGAGCAAUAGUUGUUUCAGUUCUAAAAUGAAUACAGUGAUUGUUGUUGUCAUUUCUUCCUCUGCAGCAUUCUGCCUGCAAAAAAAAGGUUUCUCUUUCUCUUUCAGGCAUCUUCUCAAGCAGAUAUGUAAUCUGUCGACUAAAACCUGGCUGGUGGGAAACUUUCAGGAAGCCCUUGUAGGACCAAUUAACACUGAAAUCAAGGGGGAAACUUAACCGUAAUGUAUUAGCUUUAAAAUGCCUUUCUCUUCCCUGAAGUAAGGGCUGUUGAGUUACUACCGUUAUUUAAAAUGAAUCCUUCCAAACUGAGGUUUUCCUUUUGGUGCUUCUCUACAAAAGCAUAUAGCUUUGCAGUUUCUGAUAAAAUAAUGCUAAUAAGACUUACAGGUCUUUCACACACCCACCCCCCCAAAAUCCAGUUAAGAAGAACAGAGCUCCUAAAAUAGUCUACCUGCUGAGAUACUUUAAAGAAGGUUCACAUGAGAGAGAAGGUACCAGAAACUUGGUAUUCUAAGGCAUACCAGAAGACCCAAGAGACUGAAAAACAUGAAUCAUUGGCCAGGAACUUGGGUCUUUUUAUAAAAUUAAGCUUAGGUUUAUAAAUCCCUCUUGAAGAUUUUAGAAGAGUCUUUAAAUCUCCAAAUUAACAGAGUUUUGAACAAAUUAUUUUUGGCUGUUAGGAACCUUUCAAGUUAUCUUCAGGGUUUAGUAGGGCUCCCUCUGCCUGCCUAAGUAAUACAGUAAAGGAAAAUGCGUUAGGGACUAAGGGAACUGCCACUGAGCUUCCGUAGGACUAUGGCCUGAUUAUCCACACCUUAAGGGUACCUCUAGGAGGACGCAUUCGUCCAUUCCUACUCUCCCUUGGAAGAGUAGUCCAAGAUCAGGGAAGAGAAGGGCAUGGAUGGGGUCAUGCAGCCUGGUUAACUCCAGAAACUAAGGCUGUCAGUAGUGAAGAAAAGAAAGGGAAAUUCUUCAUUGCUUGGGAGUGACAUGUACCUUGAUAGGAAAAAAAACAUAUAGCCUGUGGAUCUUUUUAAAGCAAAAUGUUUUUAGCUAUUGCUGAGAACCACAGAUUCUGCAAAAAAGCAAAAAAAGACCUUUAAAAAAUCUCUUGUGCCAUAAGUGAACAUGGAAGGAGGAAAGCAUGUGUUUCUAGUAUUAGAGUGGGCUAAUAAGGCUUCAGAAAAGGAUUCUUCACACUUAAAUAUAUGUGAGAUAAGCACUGAGAGAUCUUUUUUCAAACUCCUUCCAGAUUCUCAUUUGAGGAGGGUUCUUAAGAAAGGAAGAUCUCAUGUUUAUAAAGAGAAAUGAACAAGUCAUCUUGAACCUAAAGAAGGUGACAUUGGGAACAAUUAUUCUCAUAAGCAGACUUCUGACAUCCCCUCAGAAUAAAACAUUUAAUACAAAAUUACCGUCUUUAAAAGUUUAGGACUUUAGGGGUGCCUGGGUGGCACAGCGGUUGAGCAUCUGCCUUUGGCUCAGGGCGUGAUCCGGCGUUAUGGGAUCGAGCCCCACAUCAGGCUCCUCUGCUAUGAGCCUGCUUCUUCCUCUCCCACUCCCCCUGCUUGUGUUCCCUCUCUCGCUGGCCAUCUCUAUCUCUGUCAAAUAAAUAAAUAAAUAAAAUCUAUUAAAAAAAGUUUAGGACUUUAGUUAUGGGGCCACAUAAUCAUAAUACCAUCUCAUUUACCUCCAUAUAAACUUGAAGUCCUAUUAUUAAAUGUGACUUUUCUGCUUUAAAAUCUGACUUUAUCGUCACUGGGAAAAGCAGCUGUUAAAUUCUAAUAUUUAAAGAUUAACUACAAAAGUAAACUAUAUAAAAUGCACUCUUUCAAGUGCUUACUGCUAUGGUAUGAUGUACCAACGAGCAAGGGCAUGAUCAGAAUUCAACUAUGUAUUUUGAUUCUGCCAUCUCCGUAUUAAUCGUGGUUCCAUUGUGAGAUUUAGAAAGGACAAAACAAAACACCUCCAGAGCAAGUAAUUACAUACUUAAAAUAUUCUUAAAAACCUACAAAUGCUUUAAAAAUGCCUAAUGGCCUUGUUCUUAAAUUGAUCUAUUUCACCUUCUCUUUGAUAUGGCUAUAAAUUGGUACAUGCCUUUCUACUUUUACAGGAUAGCCUUUCUACUGUUACAGGCGUUAAACCCAUUUAUUUGCUAGUAUUUGAUAGACCUGUUUCUAUUCACAAAAAACCCGAAGACGGCAACCCUAGGGAAACAAACUUGGCCAGUGUUACAGCAAGUGAAUGCUGAAUAUGCCAUUCUGUUCCCAUCCAGCCUAAUAAUUACCAGCUUCAAUGGACAGGAUUUUCAGAGUAUUUUAUUUCGGAGUACCUUGUUUCCCAAGAAGGUAUUACUUUACUCAGAGAUGAUCUAAGAUAUUUUUGUUUAUCUCCUUUGAAAUAAGGUGAGACUGAGGGUACUCUGGACCUACCUGUGAAUGCCACUGGGUUUUCAACACAACAGUUAAUUCUAUCUUUAGUAGUAGUGUAAGGAGUUCAAGACCACCCUUAAAACCAGCUGAAAUGGUUUCAGCCUAGGAAGAUGCUGCCAGCAACGUGUCCAUGAGCACAACAGCCAGGUUACAGGCAGACAGCCUGGCGGGCCCCUGCACCAUGGCUAGUGCACAUUCACCUUAAGGACAGCAGUGGCUUACGUGGAUAUAACAGUAGUUAUGAUAUCCCAAGUUCACCUGUAGUAAAAUUUCCUAGUAGUCCCUGUAAAUAAACAGAAUCGAAGUCCACAGGGAAGUGGUAGUACUAAGACCUGGGUUCGAGUUGCAGCUCCAUGGCUAGGCUCAUCUGCAAAUAGGAGACAGACAGUAUCAAAACAGGGCUGUUUUGAGGCUUCAAAGGGAACAUAAAGAAGGGAUGAUGUCAAAUAUGCUGCAAUGACAACAUGUAUGCUAAAGGAAAUUUCAGAAGUCAAAGAACAGGAAGUUCCUGCUCAGAUCAGAGUGGCUAUCAUUCUACUAGGAUUUCCCAGAGACUGCGACCACCCAGGCUCAGAACACUUCACUUACGUAAGCUAAUUUAUGGCAGCCACAGAUAUUAAAAUAUGACGUGGGAAUUCCCCUUAUUAAGUGAACAAAUUAAAGCCCAUAGUAGCUUGAAGUGUUCGUACUUGAAAAUGGGGGUAGAAAUGGGAAUAUAUUUUAUUUUUUUCAAAACUGCAUUUAUUGUCAUAUGCAAAAAAGCAAAUAGGGAAGCAUGCUGAAACAUCCUGCAGUAAGCCUGAGUCUUGACUGCCAUGGGGGAAAGAACACUAGAUUUUCAAAACUAAGUAAGUGUGUAAAUAUGCUUACAUCUUAAAUUCAUGUAAUGUUCGUUCUUGUUAACUCACCAAUAAGCUGCCCGUUGAACAACUUGCUGUAUAAAACUGAAGUGCAUGGCAUCACGCUAGUAUCUGUAGCAUUCAUCUACUUUAGAAAAUAGUUUCUGAAUUCUUUCCCUCUACAUACUGUAGGCAAAAACCAAACCUUUGAAGCAUCAAAAAAAAAAAAUCUUCACGCAAAUAACUCUUGGUAACUUGAGGGAUUUUCAGUUGCCUUAUGUGAGGAUGAAUAGAUCCAACAAGCACAUCUAUAAUACAAAGUAAACUAUGAUUUUAUUGUGAAAUUCUCAUAGAUGGAAAAUUAAAUUGAAUAUUCUGUCCAUUUCAUUUUACAAUAAUCUUACCCCUUAUUUUUGUACCAUGUAUUUCAAUUGCCUGUUUAGUGAAAAUAAAGAAACCUAUCAUUUUUGGCUUGUUUUUAGUUUAAAUUUUUUCACUGGAUUAAAGAUCCCACCAUAAAACGUGCUGUCAACAGCCACAUCCCAAGCGCCUAAGUAGAGAAUGUUUUGGCUGCUGUUUCAACCCCAAGGAAAUAAUCUCUGACUUCUGUCACCUCAAAAUGUCAUCGUUAGCAAAAGAUUUUUGUUUCCCACAAUAAAAACAAACCUUAGGCUCUUUAAGGUCCUAUUUAACAAAAUUUUCACAUGUGCAAAAUUCCACUGAAAUAAAUACAUUUUUCUCAUUUAUCAUUCCCACCUAGCAUUUGUGUUUUCAGUUAAUUUUUAGGGAUAUAAUUCCUAAAAUUAGGGCAAUCAACAGUAAAUUUCCUGCUUUCUACUUUAAUGCUUUAACUCUCCUCCAACCUAAAUUAUACAAUGGUGGAGGAUAAAAUAGUUGACAUGUGACUCAGAGCAUGGAAGAAACAAUAUCACCACACGCAUUAGUCUGAUCACUUGCCAAUUAGGAAAGGUGUGCUGCUUUCCACCUCUACCACAAAAGAAUUAACAAAAUGUUGAUUGAUGAAGCCAUUUCAAAUGGUUUUAGAGAAGGACCAGAGAUAAUAGACUAGAUAGCAUAUCUAAACUUGUUUUCCGUACAACUUAGUCUCCCUGAACCACUAAGCUUGGUUAAAUCCCUAUGCAGCAGAGAAGCCUCCCUAGGUCAUUUACUGGGUAUAUUAUCUGGAAAGCAUAUUGGAUGCUGCUCUAAGAUAGGUCUACGGUGCCCUGGUUGCACACACAAAUGGCUGUUUUGAGUAUAAUGCAAGGCUCUAUUUCCCUUUAACCAUAAAAAUUAAAACAAUACUUAUCACCAUACAGUUUGAUAUUACUUCCAAUAAGUACAAUAUUUAUUAAACAUAUCUUCAGUUGUUUUGUUACAUAGUGUGCAACAAAUUACAAUAUUCUGCAGCCACAAAUUAUAUGCAGAGUAUGAAGAAACUAUUAAUCAGAUAGUGUAAUCUUUCCGUUUAUAACUCUACAAGGAAGAACUAGCAAAUCAGAUCUUACAUAUAACAUCUCACUAAACUUUAUGCAUGGAAAGUGACAGACACUGGUUGUGCUGUUUGAUACAAAAUGGCUGAACUUCAUCUUCAGAAGACUAAACCUGACAUCUAAACAUGCCAAUAUAAACAUCAAAACAAAAUAUAUUCUAACCAACCACGGGAAACAGUCUGGUAUCAGGAAAGCAACAAGGAUUACACACAUUAUUUUAUAAACCAGCACACAAAGGUUUAAAACAGUUCUGAAAAUGAAGUUAGCUGUCUUGAGUCAAGGGAAUAAAAAAAAA